AUGUCGCUUAUCCAGGUCCAAGGCCAAGGCGGUCAUGGCGUAGAUUCACUCAGACAAACUUCCCCUGGCCUCACUGCAAAUCUACCGUCCAACAACCCUUUUCGCAAUCGUGCCGCAUCACCAGCCCCGUCUCCUGUCACCACCACCUUCAACAUUCCAAGUACUGCUCCCGAGAGACCAAUCUCUCGAAAUCCUUUCUUCGAUCAGUCAGACAAGAAAGACGCGACAAUGGUACAAGUGACGCAGACGUCACCUGAGAGAGGACCACCGGCAAUGACUGGGAGAUCAUCACCAAGGAAGCCGCCAUUGGCUGGACACGCCGUGGAGCUUUUUGACAACCUCACCCUCAACGAUGGGCCUUCAAGCAUCGGCGCACCACCCAAAGGCAUGCCUCCUCCAUAUACCGAUCGUCCCCCACGAUCCGAAAACCACCCUCCAAAGCCUACCAAUGGCCUGUCGGGACACCGUCCAUCACGAUCCCAGGAAGAUGAAAAGCAUCGACCACACACGGGAAGAAGACCUCAAGCGCCGGAGCAGGAUAUCUUCGCCGACCCCCCAGACGCGAGAAGACCGCAUAGACGGCCCACAAGACGGAAUUCGGAUUCGUCCAUCGCCAGCAAGCAAUUGAGCCCGGAAGAGGAGGCGAGGCGGCGUCAUCGCAAAGCGCGAGAAGCCAGGCACAGGGAGAGAGAUAACAAGGGCAAACCACCAACGUCGAGGUCGGGAAAGCCAAAUCGUCGUAUAGAUGUCAUCGAUUCUCUUGAUGUCACAAGCAUCCACGGCAUUGGCAUGUUCCAUCACGACGGCCCCUUUGAUGCCUGCAACCCCCAUCGCAACCGCAAAGGCUCGGAACGUGCACCAAUGCAAGCAUUCGCGAAAGACUCUGCCAACAAUACAAUCGGUGGCUCUGGUCCAGUCCACAAAGAAAUCAACUUCGCCCAAUUUCACGGCCGUGGCGACGAAGGUUUCACCGAUUUUGCAACCUCGGGGGCUGUCAAACCUCCAGCGGAAUCUGGAAUCGAGUUUGAAUCUUACGCAGGCUCUAGCGCUCCACUGAGAAGAGGUCCGGGUGUACGGCCAGGCGUCGACCGAACAUCGAGCUUCAACCCCACUGCUCGUUUUGAUCCGGUCCAUGGCGAAGAAAGUCUGGGUCUCGGUACCAGCACAUUUCUUGAGGGUGCGCCGGCAGCUCGUGCAGCCAUCCAACGCCGUGAAUCCGAGAAUGAUCAGAUACCGGGCAUGGGCAAUGGGGGUGGCCUGGGCAGAAAGAGAAGUUUGGCCCAGAAGAUCAGGGGCAUAAGCAAUUCGAAUCGCGGGGGUGCUUUUGCUGGACCGGCGAAAGUCACCAGUCCAAACGGCUUCUACGAACGCACCACUAGUCCCACAAGUGCUGGAGAGGUACAAAGCGCAGGCGGCAUGCCCAAGAUCAAGCAAACCAAGAACCCGUUCUUCAAUGAUUACGAUGACGCCUAUGAGAAGAAGGGACAGAAGAUUCAGGUUGCCGAGCAACGAAGGCGGAAUGGUAGCAUCGGAGGUGGUGAAGAACAGAUCAAUGCCAGGGCUAGAGCCAUGAGCAGUCCCAAGCGUGCGCCUACAGGAGGGAUGCUGGAGCGAAGGAUCACCAACGAUGGAGCUUUCGGUAAUCCGGCGGAGCCCAGUGGUGGCGGUGGAUUCUUGAGCAGGGUUAAGAGUUUGAAGGGCGGCAAAAGGGUGAGACCUGAGAGGAGAGAAUAUUGA